CCAAUAGUUUUGCUUCCUUCCUCAUUCAUGGGAAGGAGAGAACCCAUAAUUGUCGGUGUUGAGUUGAACUUUGUAUUUAGUAAUCAGGUUUUGAAAGUAGCCAAGUUUAGCAGUCCUCUUAAAUAACAUCUAGAGUUCAUUAUUCUGUCUUGAAUGAAAAUUGAUUGAGGGGGCAAGUAUUUUAUUGAGUUAUCCACUACACUUGGCUUGCACCGUCGACCUAAGAAAUACAAAUGCAAAUGAUGAACUUUCAGUUGUUGCCACUAGGAUCAUCCAUGGAGGUCUUUCUUUUGCUAUUCUUUUGCUUAGCUUUCACUACUUUUAACUUCAAGACCUCAACUGCCACUGACUUCUUAACUGUCAACCAGAUUCUCAGAGACAAUAGCAGUGAAGCUCUUGUUUCGACAAAUGGCACAUUUGCUUUUGGCUUCUUUAGUCCCUGGAAUUCUACGAACCGUUAUCUGGGAAUAUGGUUCAACAAUGUUCCUGAUCAAACAGUUGUUUGGGUGGCCAACAGGGACUCCCCUCUCACUGAUUUAUCUGGGGCAGUCACCAUAGUAGCAAACGGAAGCAUUGUCAUUUCUCAGAACUCAAUGAAGAACAUUGUCUUGUCUUCCAAUCCAUCCACAACCUCAAACAAUCCAAUCUUACAGCUCCUGAGCACAGGAAAUCUUGUUGUCAAAGACAUUGGCAGUGAUGAUAUUUCAAACAACUAUAUCUGGCAGAGCUUUGAUUAUCCAUGUGAUACUUUGAUACCAGGCAUGAAGCUAGGAUGGGACCUAACAACUGGCCAGAAUUGGUUCUUGACUUCGUGGAAAAGUCUUCAAGAUCCAUCUGCAGGACUUUAUACCUAUAAAUUGGAUAUCAAGGGGCUUCCACAGGUACAUCUUCGCAGAGGAUCAGAUAUAGUAUAUCGAAGCGGGCCAUGGGAUGGUGUCAUGUGGGAUGGUCUCAGGUUGGGAGGGGGUCUUGAAAUGAAAGGUUUCCAGAUAUUCAAGUCUAUAUUCAUCUAUAACUCAAAUUACAUAUACUUUAGCUUUGACAACAGCGAUAAUAAUAUGAUAUCACGGUUCCUUGUUGACAGUUCUGGCGUGCUUAAUUACUUCACAUGGAACCAAAAAUCCAAUGAGUGGUUUCUAAUGUUCUCUUUGCAGAAAGAUCUUUGUGAUGCAUAUUCAAGAUGUGGUCCAAAUGGUAUUUGUAAUGAAAACCAGGUGCCCAUUUGCCAUUGCCCAAUUGGGUUUGUGCCAAAGGUGACAGAGGAAUGGUAUUCAAUGGAUUGGUCCAGCGGAUGUGUGCCAAGAAAACCACUGAAUUGUAGCACAAAUGAGGGAUUUAUGAGGUUUCCAAACUUGAAGUUGCCAGAUAAUUCAUAUGCUAUGCAGUCUAUUACAACUAAUCAGGAGAACUGUGCAGAUGCUUGUCUGAGGAACUGCUCAUGCGUUGCUUAUGCCACAACUGAACUUAUUGAUUGCGUGAUGUGGUUUGGGGACUUGUUGGAUGUUAGUGAAUUCAAUGACGGAGGGGAUGAACUGUAUGUUCGGAUGGCUGCUUCUGAACUUGAAAGCAGUGCAAUGGACAAAGUGACACUGAUCAUAUUCUGGGCCUCAACAAUUUUAGCGGUUCUUCUGUUGGUUUUAGUUGCCUUGUACGUUUUAUGGAAGAGGAAGUCUGGCAGAAAGAUAGGCCAAUCUGUAGAAGAGGCAUGCCAUGAUGAUAAACCUGGCCUUGAAGACCUAGAGCUACCAUUAUUUGAUCGGAGUACUAUUGCAGCUGCAACAAAUGACUUUGCAUUUGCUAAUAAGGUUGGAGAAGGUGGUUUCGGCCCUGUUUACAAGGGCAAGCUCUCUACUGGUCAAGAAAUAGCAGUAAAGGUACUCUCCAAAGAUUCAGGACAAGGCCUUAAAGAAUUCAAGAAUGAAGUUAUCUUGAUUGCUAAGCUUCAGCACCGAAAUCUUGUUAGGCUCUUGGGAUGUUAUAUUCACGCAGAAGAACAGAUGUUGGUCUACGAGUACAUGUCCAAAAGAAGUUUGGACUUAUAUAUUUUUGACUCACAGGAAGGUGCAUCCCUUGAUUGGCAGAAACGCUUUAACAUUGUAGUAGGCAUUGCUAGAGGACUUCUUUAUCUUCACAGAGAUUCAAGGUUGAGAAUCAUUCAUAGGGAUCUAAAAGCUAGCAACAUUCUGUUAGACAGUGAUUUGAAUCCAAAAAUAUCAGAUUUUGGCUUGGCAAGAAUGUUUGGAGGUGAUCAAACUGAAGCAAAAACGUGCCGGGUUAUGGGAACUUAUGGCUAUAUGUCCCCCGAGUAUGCAAUAGAUGGACAAUUUUCAGUCAAAUCUGAUGUCUUCAGCUUUGGUGUAUUGCUCCUGGAAAUAGUGAGUGGAAAGAGGAAUAGAGAAUUCUAUCAUCGUGAUCAUGACUUCAACCUUCUAGGACAUGCAUGGAUAUUAUGGAAUGAUGAACGGGCUAUUGAGCUGCUAAUGGAUCCUUUUAUGGAGAAUCCGAUUAACACAUCUGAAGUAUUGAAAUGUAUUCAAGUUGGCCUCUUGUGUGUGCAACAGUGCCCUGAAGAUAGGCCAACAAUGUCGUCUGUUGUUCUGAUGUUGGAUUGUGAGAAUCCUUUGCUGCCUCAGCCUAGAAAACCUGGAUAUUAUACAGACAGGUGUCUUCUAUCGAAUAUGGAAAGCUAUAUUUCUGGAAAUGACUUGAGUAUAACAACAUUAAUGGAUUCUGAACGUGAGAGUGUUCCCGGGGGAUCCUCGAUCGCCAUAGACACUUUAUCACCAAACCAGAUUCUUAGAGACAAUGGUCAAACUCUUGUUUCCAUCGGCGAAAGCUUUGAGUUAGGCUUCUUUAGCCCCUGGACUUCCACUCACCGCUUUAUCGGAAUAUGGUUCAAGGAUGUUUCUCCACAAACAGUUGUUUGGGUUGCCAACAAAGACAGCCCACUUUCAGAUUCUUCUGGUGUCUUCAGAGUCACUGCCACAGGAAACGUACUCAUAUUCAACACCCGAUCAGCUGUCCCCAUCUGGUCAUCAAAUUCAUCCAUGACCUCAUAUAAUCCAGUCUUGCAGCUCCUAGACAGUGGAAACCUUGUGGUAAAAGAUAGCAGAAGUGGUACGUAUCUGUGGCAGAGCUUUGACCAUCCAUCUGAUACCAUAAUACCAGGCAUGAAGCUGGGAUUGAACCUACAAACUAAUCAGAACUGGUACAUGACUUCAUGGAAGAGUCUUCAAGAUCCUUCCAGUGGAGAUUUCACUUAUAGUGUAGACGUCCAAGGACUUGCACAGCUAUUUCUUCGUAGAGGAUCAGAUAUAGUAUAUCGAAGCGGCCCAUGGGAUGGUAUCAGGUUUGGUGGAGGUCCUCCAUUGCAAGAGAAUCCAGUUUUCAAACCUAUUUUUGCCUAUAAUUCUAGCUUCAUUUACUAUGCUUUUGAAAACAAUGAGAACGCUACAAUUUCACGGUUUGUGUUAAAUCAAUCUGGCUUGAUUGAACAUUUAACAUGGAAUCAAAGGCGUGGUGAGUGGGUUGUUAUAUUUACAUUCCCAACUGAUCAAUGUGAUGGAUAUGAACAUUGUGGUCCUAAUGGCUUUUUCAAUCUAGAUAACUCACUUCGCUGCAAAUGCCCAGCAGGGUUCAUACCAAAAGUACCACAAGACUGGGAUACCAUGGAUUGCUCAAGUGGUUGUGUCAGGAGAACACCAUUCAAUUGUAGUUAUGAUGAGGGGUUUAGGAGGUUUUUGAGGGUGAAGUUGCCGUAUACUUCUACAACUUUGAACAAUAUGACAGCCAAGACUCUUUUCGAGUGCGAGGAGGCUUGCUUGAGGAACUGUUCUUGCACAGCCUACGCUAAGACAGCAGUUAGUGGCUGCCUAUUUUGGUUCGGAGACUUGAUUGAUAUAAGAGAGUAUAGUGAAGGCGGGCAGGACUUACUUGUAAGGAUGUCUGCUGCCGAUCUUGAUCCUUGUGGAUUUGACACAGUCUUCUCUGAUUUGGCAGAUGAAUCACAAAAACGUUUUCAAGAUGAGAAUCCUAAUGCUGAUGAGGAAGACAUAGAUCAGCUGCCUUCGUAUGACUUGGAUACUAUUGUAUCUGCUACUGGUAGCUUCUCUUUCCAAAACAAGAUUCGAGAAGGCGGUUUUGGUGUUGUUUACAAGGGUGCGCUUCCAACAGGACAAGUAAUUGCAGUGAAAAGGCUCUCUAAAGAUUCAAGACAAGGGCUCAAUGAGUUCAAGAAUGAAGUCAUCUUUAUCUCAAAACUUCAGCACAGGAAUCUUGUUCGGCUCUUAGGAUGUUGUGUUCACAGAGAAGAGAGGAUGUGGGUAUACGAAUACAUGUCCAAGAGAGGCUUGGACUUGUAUCUUUACAAUCAAACAAGAGGUGCUUCACUUGAUUGGCAGAAACGAUUCAAUAUUAUAGUAGGGAUUGCUCGAGGGCUUCUUUAUCUGCAUCGAGAUUCGAGUUUAAGAAUCAUUCACAGGGACCUUAAAGCCAGCAACAUUCUCCUAGAUGAUGAAAUGAAUCCCAAAAUAUCAGACUUUGGUUUGGCAAGAACAUUUGGAGGUGACCAAAAUGAAGAAAGUACAAAAAGGGUCGUUGGAACUUAUGGCUACAUGCCUCCAGAAUAUGCAAUAGAUGGGCUCUUCUCAGUGAAAUCUGAUGUCUUUAGCUACGGAGUAUUGAUAUUGGAGAUAGUGAGUGGGAAGAAGAACAGAGGAUUUUACCAUCCUGAGCAUGACCUCAAUCUUUUAGGACAUGCAUGGAGAUUAUGGAAUGAAGGAAGGCCAAUAGAGCUAAUGGAUGCUCUGAUGGAGACACCAGCAGGCACAUCAGAAUUGUUGAGAUGUUUCCAUGUGGGACUGUUAUGCGUGCAGCAACGGCCAGAAGACAGGCCUACGAUGCCUUCGGUUGUGUUAAUGUUGGACAGCGAGAAUCCAACGCUGCCACAACCUAAACAGCCAGGCUUUUACUCGGAAAGGUAUUUAACCGAGACAGAUUCAUCAUCGACUGGGACGUUCAGAAACACUUACACUAUGAUGAAAGAUGUCACGAUUACAACUUUACAGGGAAGAUAG